AUGGAUUUCUUUCAAUCAACCGAUUUACAGCAGUGCGCGAGUCAAUCGAACCUCCGCAUGAUGACAUCACUAUUGUGUAUCAUCUUAUUUUCUGUGACCUUACAAGUCAGCAAUGGUGCUCGUAUGGGACCAAAGACUCCUCAACCUGGUGAUUUCAGACAGUGCCGUCUGAGCGACAAGCUAAAGGAGCAGUUUGUUGAUCUUCACAAUGAGUUUCGGAGUCAGGUAAAGCCAAGUGCAGCGGACAUGGAGUACAUGGUGAGUUAAACAGUCUUCCUUGAGGAAGUUUAAAGGUUUUCUUUGAAGCCACCUGUUGCCUUGUAAUAUUACAUUUUCUGAUUGGCCGUUGCCAAAUCCCUUCGUCAAGGCGAGGGACUUAGGGCUAACGCUCGAAAAGUCAGCUUUGAAACUUUUUACGGUGGCAAAUUUACGUUAUCAACUCAGUUAAUAAUACUAAAUUACCCUGCUAACUCUCCCAUCGAUACAGCACCAGUUUCUUUAGAAAUUUACCCUCUUUAUUCGUUGCAAUUAUGGUUUUGGCUAUUUAAACGUGAGAACGAAAGGCGCUAGAUAUGCUACGAAACAAUUUCACUGAAUUCUUCAUCUUGUAUCGAUUCAGGUGUGGAAUGAUGACCUUGGUAACCUGGCUCAAAUGUGGUCGGAUAAAUGCGAGUGGAUGCAUGGCUUUACUAGGUUUGGGGCGUGGCACCCAAACCAAAAUUUUCGAAGCAAGUCUGUAGGUAAUUGAGGAAGAAAUAAACGAUCACUACCGGAAAACUACAUGUUAAGUUGCAAUUUGGGUUAAUUUUUCUAAUAAGCCUACCAUUUGUAAGCACGCUGGUCGUCUAAGAUCAUCGCAGGUAAUUUCAUGAAGGCAAUUUUAGUACUGUCCAAAGGAUUGUAAGAAAAACUAAACGUUCGUUACUGACAUGUAAAAUUUUAGAACUUGAGAAGCUCAUAGAAGAGAUAAUGAUUCAGAUGCAUGUAGGGAAACUGAGAGGAUGUUUCCGCCCCACUUUUAUCAUAAGAGGAAUUUUAUCGUAAUAAAAGCACAUCAAAAGCAACUAGAAAAGAUAGCAACAGGCAAAAAUUUACCUUGAAAACAAACAAUCAAACAGAAAAGAAACGUGAUUCAUUCCGUCGAAAAAAGGUUUUCUUUUUCUCCUUCUCUACAAUGACAAACACCAGGUCAAAACUUGGCCCGUGAGUGGGGCAAGUGGAUUGAAAGUAAAGAUGCUGGCCCCGAAGAUUCUGUGCGUCGAUGGUUUAUUGAAAAAAACUAUUACAGUUUUUCAAAGUUUGCUUAUCCGAUGCCUUCAUGGAUGUGCCGCAAAGAACCAUGUGGGCACUAUACACAGGUUAGUUUACGGAUCACGAUCAUAAUGCUGGUAACAAACCAACUCAUAAGUAGCUUUGUAAAGACAUUCGCUUGUAAAUAUGCACCCUUCGAGACGCUCUUUUUCUCACUUGUUAUACAUAUGUGGACGCAUGAGAUUACAUCUGCAAAAACAGUCGAUGAAAGAAGCUGUAAGACUACAGGAUAAAUCAAGGUUUUCGACAACUUUUUUUGACAAGCACGUCUGAUCAUAUUGCAAAGAUAUUCAGAGGUUAAAUUGGGAGCUAAGAUAUGAUUUGCGCAUCUCGCAUAAUUUCUAUGCUAUACAUUCAUUCUUUUCAAUAUUCUGUAAGCUCAACCACCAUUUCUUUUUGCUUAAGAAUAAACUCUUCACGCGUUCAAAAAUUAUGGGAUACUCUCAUAUCGCAUUGCAAAAUAUUACAUAGCAUUGAAAACAGCGUCAAAGUAUCGUGACAUUGCCCCAUUUAAUUAAAGCUGCGCGAAAAGCUACGACUUGGAUAACAUAAAACAGCCCCUGUUUUCGACUUCAAAACUCUAAGCAUUACCUUGUAAGAACGUCAUUUUCGUCUCGCUUUCCUUACUUAAGGUUGUGUGGGCCAAGAGCAAACAGGUUGGAUGUGCCUUUAACUGGUGUGACAAGGAUUUUGGUCAGCCUCACCCCUGGGUCCCUGGAGAGACAGUUGUAACUUGUGACUACUUUCCAAGGUAGGUGCUGGACAAAGAGAUUACUGCAUGGAAAGUGCACACAAACGAUUUUUAUUCACGAGUUACGAUGCAUGAAAAAACCGAACGACUAAGCACAGCGAACGAGUGAGUUUUUUUUAUGCAUCGCAACAAGUAAAUACAAUUGUUCAAGUAUUUUCCAUGGAAUGUUUUUGUUUCAUACAUACCGACAUUUACACUGUGAAGUAUGAAGCGAACGACUGUGAAAAUACAUCGUUUGUCCAAUCAGAGAAACGAAAGAUUGUACUACACAGUGUAAAUCUUAAUUUGUCUGAAAUAAAUUUUCUAAAGAGACGACACAGUCUGCGUCAAUAACAAACAAAUGAUGAAGAGUAUUUCAUUUGAUUUAUUUUCUGGAAGAACAGGUCGAUAGUUUUGAAUAAAUCCUGAAAACUUUAAAUUCUUUGAAAAGUAAUGCACGUGUUUACAAGCUCUAUUAAAUUGUUUAGAUGGAGUCGGUCCCGAUUUUGUCUCCUUAGAGAAAACUAACUUACAAUUAUUAUCUAACAGAUUUUCUUAUCAUUUUUGCAGUGGUAACGUGGUAGGACAACAACCCUACACGCCUGGAACUCCAUGCACAAAGUGCGCUAGCGGCCAGGGUUGGUGCUACAAGAAUCUUUGCAGUGAGUAUAAAAAGAAGGUCAAUAGGGAAAAAUGGCCUCAAGCUACAAAUAGCUCUAACUGUCAUGCUUGAACUUUCUACAGGAGAGUGUAAGAAUUUUAGCCCGAAAUGUGGAACUACCUACACGAAAGGCAUGUGCCUUACAAACAGAGAACUGAUGGAAAAAUACUGCCCUAAGAUGUGCAAUCUUUGCAGUGAGUAUAGUUUUGAGUAAAACAUAGGAUGUCUCCAUUCAGGGCCCGUUCUAUUUUGCCACAAGAACAUUUCCUCCUCCAUCAAUAAAGUCUGUUUUACUGAUAAUAAAGAAAGAGGUGGGCAGGAAUGGAAAAGGAGGUUCGGAGCGCAAAAUAAUCUUCUAAGGAAGGGUCAGUGACAAAGUUCUAGAUGAGGUUGUUUCGCGAAUCUUUCUUAAAAGUAACUUCUUUCACUUUUUGGUUGUUUAAAUCCCAACCAGUUGUCUUUAGUCAGCUUUAUAGAGGUUGUUCGGAAUAUUACGUUCUGUUAUCGAGCUGUUUCCUAGUUUACUGAGGAGGUUCAUUUUUUUCCAAGCUUCUCACUCCGAAGAACUAAUUUCUAACCUUCUUCUAAUCUGCUGUGCAAAGCAUAUAGACAUCAAAAGUGAUUUUUGUGCUUAUCAUAUUUCUCGACCGAUCUCUGUUGAAAUUUUGCAGGAUGUCCCUUACAGUGCAAAAACGGAGGACAAGUUGACCGUAACACUUGCACUUGUACCUGCUAUGGCAAAUGGAAAGGCUCCGAUUGUUCUGGUAAUAAAAAGUACAAGUUUAUUACCUAAGUUGUUUAUUUAAAGUUUUAAGGCAAAAAAAAAACCCAAGCUUGAAAAACAAACUCCCACAGCCUUAAGAAAGUCACUUGACUUUAUUCACAGCGCGACUUUUUAUGCAAUUUUUAGUGUGUUGAGGAUAACUCGGGUCUAUUGAUCGUUGAUGGUACAACAAAACGGAAGAAAAUGGCGAUUUAAAUUAAUUCAUCGAAAAAGGUUACUCAAUAUAUAUAUGCAAGCUGGAUUAUCGCUUAUAGACAUAGAAAAUUUCUGGGGUGAUUACCUAUCGCAAAAGGCGCGAUCAACUCACGAAACCCGAGGAUCCUGGCUCACUAACCUAGCUAAAUUAAGGUUAUCCGUUAAUUUUUCUUUCACGCACAUAGUGUGCCCUACAUAGUUCAAACUUCAUUUCUUCCAUAUUUAGUAGUUCUUUUGUUUUGGAAAAUUAAAGUUUUUCAAAGCCUCAAGUGGACUAUGGUCGGUAAAGGGCCAGAGAUAAAAGGCUGAAAAAGCUUUCAAAGUGCAUGAAGGACUAACCACUCGCAUGUAUUUUCUUCAGAGAAGAUCUGCGAUGAGGGGUGGUACGGAGAGAAGUGUGAAAGUAAGUCAGAUCAGUCCAAUUCUAGCUACACAACGAUUUAAAGGGAACUUCACUUUUUAACUUAGUGUGUGCCGCUGAAACAAUUAUUCACGAUUAUGUCAACUGAGACCUCGUAAAAUGUCAAUACAAUCGACUGAGGAUCUGAAACUCGAGGAAAUAUUUGGUUGGAAUGGUAAUAACGUUCACUAAGCACAGUUAAGACUUGGUGGUAACUUGAUCGUGACUCGUAUGAACCAAUUCAAGUGCAAGGGGUAUUUUCUAGGGAAUGAGUACAAAGGAAGUUCCAGAUGGUAUUCAAAUAAGACGUUGCUCGCUUUAUCGAAUAGUUCUUGCAAUUACCACCACUGUAAGUAACGAAGUCUAAGCGUGCAAAAGAUUAAGCGACUUUAGCAUACCGGAUUCUUGUAAACCAAAUAAUCAGUUAACAAAUCAACAAUACAGUGAGAAAGUAGUUCUUCAAAAUGUUGAAUUAUGUAAAACGUCUUCACAUUUUUAAAAACUGAGAUACCUUUUCUCCAAACAGAACGGUGCUUCGACAAAGUGGGAACAUCUACAUGCAAGUGGCGAGUCCAAAACGGCCAUCCAUGUUCAGUAACAUACAUGAAGCUCGACUGCGUCAAGACCUGUGUUUGUGGUACAGUAACCCCUUUGAAUCGUCUACGCGUUACCUAGUCUCCAACUUUUCUUUUAGUGUUCUUGCUGUAUUCAUUUAUACCUGAAGGGCACAGGAACUUUUAGUUGUGCUAUGUAAAUCUAUUCUUUUGAUCUCAAACUACUAUUACAAAUUUUUUAGAACUAAUUUAUAAUCGUUUUUCAUAAAGCAUUAUCUAAGUUAUAGCUUUAAGUCAGUUAUUUAAUCUAGACGUAUUUUUCUUCUCUUCCAUUUUCAGAUCUCAUGCCAAAACCCAAGCCCAAUCCACCACCAAAACCACCGACAAAAGCCCCAGUGACUGUCAGACCUACAAAACCCAUCUCGGGAUCUGGGACAGGUGUGGAUUGAAAAUCGAUUGAAUAAAAAAACAAACUUAUUUUCAUAAGGACUAUGAAAUCAAGAGGCCCUCAAACUGAGUAUCUGAACUAUAUUCUUAUCGUGAUCACUAAGCGCAUUACUCGGUUUAUCCCACAGAUUGUAAAGACAAAUACACAGCCCCUAACCAAUGCGAUUUUUGGGCGACACUUGGAGAAUGUCAGAAGAAUAAAAACUGGAUGAGACAGAACUGCAUGAAGAGCUGUGGAGUUUGCAGUAAGAGUCAAAUAUAUACUUUCACAAGACUCAUAUCUCAAAUUUCACCCUUACUUCACUACCAUUACCUAAAUUCAUCACAUAUCUCUUUUAAAAAUCACAUACUAUUCCUUUCUGUAAAAUAUAUCAAGACUAAUUUCAGGGCAAAAUAAGGAACAGUCAUGUAUAAAGUAGAAAAGAACAUCCCAUGACAGGAUCUUUUACAGAGGACUCUCGAACAGUAUACUUAUCUUAGCUAGUUUCAGGAAAAAAAAUUGGAGUCUAAAAGAAAAAGAUCGUUAUUACAAUAACAAGAAUCACGCAAAGUAAGUGGCGAACUGUGAGGAAAGGACGUUAUAUAUUAUAUGUUCACUGAUUAUAUAGACUUGAUUAAUAUUCAUAGAUUGCCAGGAUGUGUACAACACCGUAAAGUGUAAACAGUGGGCCGAUAAAGGAGAGUGCAAGAAAAACCCCAAUUGGAUGGAGCCGAACUGUGCUAGGAGCUGCCUUGUUUGUGGUUGGUGAAAUAAAAAUGUAGACUUUGUGGUUCUUUACUAAUUACUUCCAACGGCUGACUCAAUCAAUAAUCUGACCACCUGUCGAACUGAAGUUGAUCAAGGCAUAUCUACAGGCUGAGAAAAGUUUCAAAAAGUAGCUUUGUUUCGAUAGUUCUGCGGUGUGCUUUGAUCCGCAGUCCGCGUAAAAACCACAUCUAGUCAAGCAAAUAUUGAAUUUCUCUGAAUUGAGACUCUGGUUGGCUUUGAAGUAUAUCAACGGCUUUUGAGUAUCAUCGAUAAGAGGUCAAAACAGUGUAAAAGACAAGUGACAACAGAGUUACUAAUUAGGAUUGUUUCCUAGUCACCUCUUACAGUUUUAGGCUGGUACGUAAUCUUCUACAAUCGCCAGAGAGUCGUAAAUUGAUGACCCGGUAAAAAACAUUAACAACAUUGCUGCUGAAGCUUAUUUUAGUUUCUGGCCACUGAAGGUCUCUCAACCCCCCUCAGAAUUGAAUCAAAUUUCCCUGGCUAUGAAUAUACAUUGUACUUCUUGGUGGAGAGAAGUACGGCGAGAGUUGAGUGUCCUGCGCACGUCUGAGGCACUGCGCAUUCCACGGAAUAGUGGCACGAUAAGAUAAAUAUCAGGCGCUCUACUAAUAUAUGAAAAUAAACAUUGCAUUUCCUGUUUUAUCAACAGACUGUUUUGACAAACACUCGAAAUGCAAGCAGUGGGCUGGACUUGGAGAAUGUGGAAAGAAAUACGCAACAUGGAUGGAGGAAACUUGUAAAAAGAGUUGUAAUAAAUGCAAUGUUAAGGGUUGAAUAGAUCCGAUCUGUUCAUCUUUGAAACAAUUUUAGUUUUAGCAAGAUCCUCUUUUGUCUAGAUAUGCAGUGGAGACCAUUCGAUAGGCUUUGUUCAGCGCGCGUUCCACCAUACAGGAAUUGGGUGUCUGAGGCGUUGAUUACACCAUUUAACCUUGACAUUUUAAAGAUUGCAUAACAACAGUUUUCAAUUAAAUAUCGACACAUCAAAACCAAAGUAAUCAGAACAGCCGAUCAGAAAAAAACGUUUACAUCGUCACAACGAAAAUAAACACAAUUGCACAAUCUGGCCCAUUUUGAAAAUGCUUGU